GCGGAGCUUAUCAAGGAGAUGCGCGAUGCCAAAGAGAAGGCCAUUGAAGUCCGCAUGCAACAGCUCCAGGACUUAGUCGACCGCAGCAAGGACAGCGACGAUGAAAACGCUGCGAGCGACAACACCAGUCUAGGCAUGAACUUGGCGCGGAAGAUUCUCAACAACAUCACGGUGGUCUUGGAGGAUGUCCAUGUUGCUUUCAUGAACAGCCAGCGCGGGCUUGCAUGCUGCAUGGACUUGCCAAACCUGGCGGUCUUGUCAACAGAUAAGACAUUCCGCGAGCGGGAUGACUCGGAAGGUGCCGUGGUUCCUGGCGAGUCGAUGUACAAAACCCUACAGAUGAAGGACUUCAGCGUCCGAAUGUCGCCCGCUGGCACCAGAGACCUCCAGGAGGCGGCAUAUGUGCUGAGCCCCGUGAGUGCAAAUCUGCAACUGUCCCACGAGCCUGCCAACAAUCUCCUGAAGAUCAAGCUCAUGGUCGCCACAGAGGAGUUGGCGGAGGUCUUCCUCCGACGGUCUCAGGUGAAGCAUCUUCGAAGCAUCAAAAGUGACCUCAAUGAAGAGGCACGAAAGUUUCACCUGAUGCUGGUGCCGGAGGCGGAUCAGAAGGAGAUCAACCAGGACGCCGGUGACUCGACCGAUGAGUAUAGCCAACUCUAUGAGCGAUCAAUUGCGGAGGCCUGGCAGAUCAUGGCCCCGGACCUGAGACCUCUGUCGCCAGAAGACGAACGGCGGAAGCAGCUCCUUGAGGAUGCGCUGUCAGCCCGACUUCUGGCCCGAGCUCGCUGGAAGGUGGAGAGGAAGGCGGAGGUGCUGAACGAAGAGGUCGUUCGCCGCAAGCGUGAAAAGGAGGAGUCACGUGUGGCAGAGCAGAGGAAGAAGACCGGCUUGCUGGGGCGCUUCUGGGGCCGGCAAGAGUCGGAGGACGAGGUGGAGGCGCCAGAGACGGCGCUCCUCUCAUCCGAGGAGAAAGAUCAACUGUUCACCGACCUGAAAGACGUGAGCAAGGUGGAGCAAGUGGACGUGCCCAAGAGGUUCAGCUUCGAAUUCGUUCUGGGGCAGAUGGCCUUGGACUUGAUCGACGACCAGCACCAAGACGAGGUGCGCCGGCAGCUGAUGAGCCUUGCGUUGCGCGAGGCUGGUAUCAAGCUGGACAUCAACAUGGCGACGGACUUCCGCGGACGUGAUUCUGCGGAAUGGGGGAUGAAGAUCGAUCUGAAGUCUUUCCAUGCUCUGCACCAGACAAGGGCUUUCAUGCAGCUGAAGUCCGUGGGCUUGGAUGGAAAGGACCACUCCCAGUGGCUCUCAGACGGCUCCAGCGCCGCCAGUUUCGACAUCCAGAGUAAGCUCCAGAAGGAGCAGAACUUGCUGGACAUCUCCUUCAAGCUCCUCGCCCUGCAGUAG